GCAUUUCUUCUCUAGCAUUCAUCCAUCCAUCCAUCCACCAAGACAACAUGUCCUCAAAUCCCAAUGUAACUUAUCAUCAGGAGCCGUCGAAACCGUAGCCUGCGGCCUUUAGCCAGGGAUCGGCAGCCCCGUCUCCGCCUCCUCUUCAGCCUGGAACUGAAGGCACUGGGUCCUCUAGCCUUUGUGACUGCCUCUCGGACAUUCCCAACUGAUGGCAUGGAAACAUGCAGAGGCAGAAUAUGGGAGUGCAAAUGUCUCCUGUGAUGGAAGGUGGCAUGCAAAGAUAGAGUGGAGGUCUAGGUUUAGAGCGAGAGACGACAGGACUUGGGGUGGCGGCAACUCCAAAUGGCGGCAAGGGCAGAACCGGAAGAUCAGGGAGUUUGAGAACUGGAGACAGGGACAGAUGGAGUUGUUCUUCUUUUAUAAUUUUCCAGACAAUUGGGAUGCAAAGGCUUUAUGGCAUCGUUUUCAAGAGUGUGGAAAGGUUGGUGAUGUGUUUGUGCCAGCAAAGAGGGACAAAUGGGGGAAAAGUCAAGGGAAGCCUUUGGAGCUUGAGGUUGCUAGUUUUGGUGAAAAGGUAAGUGGUGGUAUGGUCGGAGCAACUAGGGAGGGGAUUAUAGACUUUUCUCCAUCCAAAGAGGAAAAUAAGUGGCUGGAAGGGAGUAUCGUAACGGUGGUGAGAUCGAUGUCAAUGAUAUCUACCAUACAAGAGAGAGUAGACAUCGAUGGAGGGUUGAUUAAUCUAUCACCAUUAGGAGGGCGGAGUGUAUUGUUGACUGAACGAUUGGAAGGUUACUUGACAUGGUGUGAUAGGUGCUUUGAGCGGAUAACAGAAUCAGUGGGGGAAGUGACCUUGAAGCUGAAGGUGGAGAAGAAGCUGUAUGAGAUAAUGGUGACAGAGGAAGAGUGGCGUGUUGAUCCGAACUGGUGGUUGGUGGAGGAUGAUAGCCAUGGAGACACAACAACAGGAUCGGAAUAUUGCUCGUCGGAAAAUGGAGAAGAGGAUCCUGAAUUGAUGGUAUCCGAGAUUCGUGGUGAUGAUGAAGCUAAUAUCGAUGCAGAUUUGUUGCAGGAGAAGGGCAUUUUGAAUUUAAAUAAUGAAGAAGUAACGGUAGCCACGCAGUGGGUAAGAGAGGAGGAGAAUGGGCCUGUUACGGAAUUGGGCUUGAUGCUGGACUCCAAUUAUGGGCUGAAAGAAGGGUCUGGGCCAGAUCUGUGUGCAAUUAAAAUGCAGGAAAUAUGUGGAUUGGGGUCAAACACAGAUUCAGUAAAGCAGGAGAAUAGCAAGAACAACGUUGAGAUCACAUCGAACCCACAAAGUGUAGCAGGUGGCAGCGACGUAGGAGCAAUGUGUUGGAAGCUCAUCGUUGUCGGAUGGGUGUAUAGUCAACCGAAACCAGGUGAUUCAAAGAGAGAUGCAUUUACAGGAGGGGUUAGGGGGUACGGUGAAGAGGAAAGAGGUGAGUAAGUUGGUAAGAGCAGAGUGUCCAAAUUUUUUAUUUCUAUAGGAGACAAAAUUAGAAAAGGUGGAGGGCGCUUUAUGUAAAAUGUUGUGGUUUUUAGAUGAUUAUGAUUGGGUGAUGAAAGAAUCAAUUGAAGCCUCUGGGGUUUAUUGUGUAUUUGGAAUAGACUGGAGUUUGUAAA